CGGGACAUUGUGUGCGCCAUAUUGAUAUGCGGAAUCCAUGUCGGGGGUGUAAAAGACACUGACAUCAUGUGCAAUUUACGUUCGUGGUGCAAAUCGGUCGGGAUUAUCAAUAUAAUGUGUAGUUUAUAGUGUUUCGUUAUUAUCCGAGAUUGUUUCUUACAUGAUUUCAUACUUGGAUAUUUUAACUCACUCCCGCUACCUGUACCUUUAUGUUUUGUCCGUCAGGUAGGCAAAAGAACCGGAAAACCCAUUGUUAAAAAAUAAUGCAUACACCGGACGGUACCCUUGAAAGAGGUCAGGCGCCUCCACCGUAUUCACAUCCUGUACAUACUCAUCAGAUAUUACGUGAUGGUGACUUAGUACUACCUCAAGUAACCUCUCUACCUAAUAAAGAUCAAUUCAACAAUUUUACAAAUGGUGGUAUUCCUAUCAAAGACGAAUUCUCUCUGCCAAAAAUAACAAACGAUUAUGCUGUAAAUAUUCCGGGUGCGUGUCAAGAUAGUUCUCCUGACAGCCCACAACCUGCAAAUUAUGAUCUCAAACAAGGAUGGAUAAAUGGCAUCUUUGGCUGUUUGCGACCCGUUCUCUCGAUAAUUGGGAAAGGAGUCGUAGAAAAUAAGAACCCACAAGAUGAUUGGGAGAUACCUUUCGAUCAAAUCACUGACCUCAAAUUUCUUGGAUCUGGUGGGCAAGGAGCAGUCUUCUCCGGAAUGCUCAAUAACGUACAAGUGGCUGUCAAAAAAGUCUCCGAUCUAAAAGACACAGAUAUACGAAAUCUUCGCAAGUUAAAUCACCCAAAUAUUGUCAAAUUCAAGGGAGUUUGUACGCAAGAAACGUCAUGCUAUUGCAUUGUGAUGGAAUUUUGUCCGUAUGGACCACUGUUCGAUUUGCUCAAAAACCAAAAAAAUAUUGUUACUAUAAAUAGAGUAGUUUCAUGGGCCAAGCAGAUUGCCAACGGUAUGCAUUAUUUGCAUAGCCAUAAAAUUAUUCAUCGGGAUUUGAAGAGUCCAAAUGUACUGAUUGGAGAAAAUGAAGUGAUCAAAAUAAGCGAUUUUGGUACAUCGAGGACUUGGAACGGAGUUAGCGAAAAAAUGACAUUUGCAGGAACGGUAGCUUGGAUGGCGCCAGAAGCUAUACAAGAACUAGCUUGUAGCGAAAAGGUCGACAUAUGGUCAUUUGGUAUCGUUCUUUGGGAACUAAUAACUUGUGAAGUCCCUUACGAUGGAAUGAAUCAAGGCGCCAUUAUGUAUUCAGUUGGUUCCGGAAAGCUAAUCCCGCCUAUUCCAACCACAUGCCCGGAUGGUUUCAAAUUAAUCAUGCAAAUGUGUUGGAAAUUCAAUCCAAGAGAACGACCUAAUUUCAAACUAAUUUGUAACCAUUUAGAAAUAGCAUCUGUUGACAUUCUUUCUAAAUACGAAGACAAAACAUUCUUUGAAACUCAGGAAAGUUGGAAACAAGAAAUCAGAUCUCAAAUUUAUCUUUUCUGUGAGAAAUUACAGAAACAUAAAAUAGAAUAUCAGCUAAAAGAAGAACAACUCAUCAAAAGAAGAGAGUUGGAAUUGAAACAUAUACGAGAUAUAAGAGAAGUAUACGAUAGAAGAUUAGAGAAAGUGAAUCAGAUGUUAGUGGAGUUAGCAGGGAAAAUGCAACAAAUCGAAAGACAACGCCCUCCUUGUAGACAACGGAAAAUUUUGUCGCGGUUUAAUACUAGACGAAAACCUGGUAAUCAAAGCACCACACCUACUAGUCCAGAAUGCAGCUUGACGAGUCCUGAUAGCCCUCAGACUAUUCCUACGAAGCCUCCUGAAUACAGUAGACUCAAAUUACAACCAGAUAUCGCAACACAAUCAACCACCACUCAAACAACAAUAACAUCACGCAAGCGACAUAGUCGAACAAACUCAAAUUCGCCAAGGAAUUCACGAUGUUCCAGAACGUCAAGUUCUCGAAUGUCGGUUGUAGUGGAUGCAGAAACACAGACUGAGUCAAUGGAUAUAAGCGAAACGGAUUUGAGUCCAGCGACAAGUUGUCCUACUACUAGUUGUGCAAGUACCACGGUUUAUCCUCAACGGGUCAUCUUGCAAGAGUUCCAGGGUUCUACGAAAGAUGAAGGGACUAAUGGGAAUAGUGUGACGUUACAUUAUAUGAUUCCACAUCCAGAACCAGUUCAAAUAUUCACAAGGCCGGACGGAUCUCGAACACCCAGUCCAAAUAUCUUCGAAUCUGAAGACAGCGUCAAUCGAAAUAUACACCCGCAAAUAUCCAGUGAAGAAGACAAUCUAGAAACUAUUGGUAGAAAGGUUUCAGCUAUCAAAAUCGAUACGAUGUUUUCACCGGAGAAUGGCAACCUUUCGACAAAUUUCUGUGAUAUUAUGAGGCAGCGAUCGUUUUCGGAAACUAGAGAUGAUUUGGAUAGUACUGAAGAUGCAGCCAAUGACAGUGUUUCAGAUGAAGAGGGCGAGGUUUAUAAUCAAUCAUUAAGAAGGAGAAGCAAGCAAUCACCAGGAACAGAAUUGAUAAAGUUAAGUUUGGCUAGAAGACCAAUCUAUCCCGGACGAAGAUCAAAUAGAUACAAAGUAAAUCACCAUUACCAAAGAGAGCCAAACGCUUCUGAUGAAGGAAACACAUCGGAAUAUUCGAUAUCACCUUCCAGUAAGUCAUCUACAUUAGAAUCGAACCCAGAUCGGAUGCGACGCCUGUCCAAUCUGUCAAACCGUUCAGUCAAAAGACCCAAUGACAGUUUGGACAGGUCAUCCGACAGUGAAUCAGAGGAUAAUGUUACUAUUGCGACACAAGCAGCGUAUACCUCGAACAAAACUGAAAAUGUAGUCUGAAUCGUAAAGCGAGAAUGUGAUUUUUAUUUAUAGUUGUAAUUAUUAGGCACAGUGUCUGCUAUAUGUUCGAAAGCUCGGAUUAAGUAUAAGUUUAAAUAAUAGUAACUUGUAUACUCAUUUAUAUAUAUUUAUACAAUUGAAAUAUAUCGAUAUAUUGUACUUAUACUAUAUUUUCCUCUAUGUAUACUGUAAAUUAGUUAUGAAAAUCGAUUGGUAACUAGAGGUUUAGAAAUUUUCUUUUGUCUAUGAGUGCUAGUUGCAUAUUGAUGCUAUACCGACAUUGUAUUAUUCUACCGGAUGUCUAAAUAGGAAAGGACGCCGGGUGGGAGGCACUGUAGGGUACAAGAGCCUCGGAAACUAUGCAUCGUAUAAUUUUGAGAAAAAAACUUUAAAUGUAAAAGUGGUCAGGAAGUAUCGUUGGAAAUUAUUUUUAAACUUCUAACUUCGUCACAAAAUGGCGUAGAGCUUAUGAUCAAUAUUUUUUUGGUUAGAGUAUUAUUACUAGUCAUUAUUUAUUUUAUUUUCAAUCUUGAACCCCAGUUGGUGUUUUUGGAGUUGUAAUCUCCACCGAUUAUUGUUACACAGUUUUUUAAGUACAUUAAGAUAAUUUUCUUUUUUCGGGUUGUAUCUUGGUGGGCAAUAGAUUGCAGUUAUUGUAAUUUUGCCCCCCUUAAUGCUAAUGGUUACCUGGUUGUCUGGUUCUUGGAUGCCUUCAUUGUGGAAAAUGUUAUUUUAAUUAUUAUGUAGUCAGAAUUGGGUAAACUUUCUUACAUAUUUUUGACAAUUUCUUUUGGGUUGUAUUACUCCCCCUAGCGGCGAUGUUAGGAACUCGCAAAUAAUUUCCAGGAGUUUCCAGGAACCAUUUUUAGAUAUAGCAGACGUUCUUUCUUAUUUGAACAUCCGGUACAGAAUUCAAAUUCGCUUUGUGUGCUCCUCGGUGAGAUACAGUUAAUCUUAGAAGUAAUAUUUAGGGAUGGUUUUGAGCUUUUAUUGUACUCCAAUUUCUCACAUAUAAACUAGUUGAAUUAACUUGUUAAAAAAAAUAAAAUUGUUGACUGGACUAAAAAAAUGAGACCGGGGUGGAGUUGAAGUUUUAGGGGGUUGAAAAGGGGUAAAAAUGAUAUUGUCGCGAUUUCUGUUCAAAGUUGACAUUAAAAACAAAAAUUUGUAAUACAUAACUUGUAAAUCAAGCAAAAAAGCUUUCGUAGAGGUUACUUUUUAACAUAACCUCAAAACUUCCCAUAAAAAUGUAAAAGUUCGUUUUUUUUCGUUUUUAUUUUUCAUUUAACCAAAAAUAAUUUAAUUCUGAUGAAAUUUGGUGAAAUUAUACCCAUCUGGAUGUAUCUUGAGUGGCGAUAGAUUUGCGAUGUUGCCAAAUCGAUAAAAAAAUUUUUUAGGAAUUGUAGGUUAUGUUCUUCUUCUUCUCUUUAAUUAAGGUUGUGAAUGUUUUUUGGCCUGAACACUCUGGGAAAAAUUCAUAUAAACUAUUAAAAAAAUAUCCUGAAAGAAUUCAUAAUCAAAAAAUAAAAGUAUAACAUUACUCACCAGUCUUAUAUUAUAUUUCUUUAUAAAGGCGACCAAAAGACUUGUUUUUUACGCAGCGUCAGCCAUUUUCUGCUCACCUUACAACCGCCAGACCGUCAUCAUCCGGUUUUUCAAACUCAACAAUGCAAUACAUCUGUAAAAUACCAAAUUCGGUUUAAUAUACUUUAUUAUUUUGUCACAAUCUAUUUUUUACCUUUUUCUAAAACAUCUUAUCAAAUAAAGUACAAUUUAAAAAUACAUCACGUUCCCAAGGUCGUCACGACUGUCACUUACGAGAAUUAUGAAGAUGGAGGAAACAAUAAUGACAAUUGAUAAUAUGACAUUCUCAGAAAUAUACAAAAAAAUAACGUCAUUAUGACGAAUUUUAAGUGACGUCUGUUCUAUGUCAUCAAUGCGACGUCAUAUACACGUUACUGGUUAGGAUAUUGUAUUUAGGAUAAAUAAAUACGUCAUAAUGACGAGUUUGUAUUGACGUCUAAUUAACGUUACAAAAACGACAUCAAAAUAAUGUUAUUAAUUGGUAUAAUGACGUUUCUGACGAGUACAUCCCAAAAAAUCACGUCAUAAUGACGGCACCUUGCUGCUUGGGAAAUAUUCUUCCCACAUACCUUUGUUCUUUUUGUUUAUCUCAACAUUUCCUAUAAAAAUUUCACUAGAACUGCUCUGACCUUCUUCGGCAUCUUCUUCUACAUUCCUUAUAUUUCUGACGUCAACUUUCCCCCCUUUUCAACCACCAAAAACUUUAUUUUAACCCUCUACCCCAGGUUGCAUUUAUUAAUUUUCUUAUUUAUUGUAAGCCACUUUACCAUUUACAUUUAUAAAAGUCGUUUUUGACGAGUAAAUCCCAGAAAAUUACGUCAUAAUGACGGCACCUUGCUGCUUGGGAAAUAUUCUUCCCACAUACCUUUGUUUUUUUUGUUUACCUCAACAUUUUUUAUAAAAAUUUUACUAGAACUGCUCUAAACUUUUUCGGCAUCUUCUUCUACAUUCCUUAUAUUUCUGACGUCAACUUUUCACCCCUUUUCAACCACCAAAAACUUUAUUUCAACCCCACCCCAGGUUGCAUUUAUUAAUUUUCUUAUUUAUUACAAGCCACUUUACCAUUUAUACUCAUAAAAGUUCAGUUAACAAUUUUUUUCUCAAAGUUUAAUUUGACUGGACUAUAAUAUUAUUGAUAUGAAUUUAAAAUAUUUAUAGAGCUCUACUUCAUUAUUGAAACUCACUGCUGGUGAUUUUAUUUUAUAAUAAUUGUUUUAAAGGGUUCUGCAUCACAAUUUCAUUACUCUGUAAAUGAUAUAACAUUUUUGCUCUGCAUCACAAUUUCAUCAGUUUGUUAAUAAUGAUAUAACACGUAUUUUGAUGAAAUGUUUUGGUUAGAAUUUUAGGAAUAUAUCGAUAUAUUUCAAUUACAUCCUGUACUUAUACAUGUUACCCUGCAAGAAUAAGCAUUUGAUGUACUAUAAAACAAUGGAGAACCAACAAAUAAUAUGAAUUUUCCUAAUAUUUCGGAGUUAGGACAAAAAAUUAAAUAAUCCAUAUAAACAAAAAUAUUUUUUAAAAAAAUAGUGCAAAAUUUUAAGAAUACAAUUUUAAAAACGUU